UUUUAUAUCAUACGAUUUACUCAGGUUCAACGCUCAGAACCACUACAAAUAAGUGUACUUUAGGAAGCGCCUCGGGUCUGCAUCAGGCUCCAAUAUGAAGGACUUCAAUUAUCACGCCAGGUAGGAUAUUAUUCAUCAUAUGCUGUCAACUUGUGCAGCCCAACAUCCGUACUUUGUCGUCUUUUUCCAUCGCUCGGUCAGCUCAGCUCGCCAGCUGAUCUUGAGCCGGAUACCACACCUCAGUGCUGGUACAAGACAAGACCAAUAUUGCAACGUUUUUUGAGUACGGAGUCUUUAGUGUUUUCACCAAAUGGAGUCUUCCGUAAUUUGACUGUUGUUACAUUCCCUAGAUAAUUCUAAUCUAUUCCCGUUCAUUUGUGUACCAGCACGCAUCCUUCUAUGCAUAGCCUGUCAAAUCAAUCUGUCCAUGAGGACAAGCAUUAGUACGUCUAUCCCUUACGCCUUGCUCCAAACUUGGGCCAAGUCAUUUCCUGUUCUGCACAUGUAGUUGGAUGUCAUCGUUCUCGCAAAUUCUCAGCUUCCAUGGCUCCUUUCUGGCCACCUAGAAUUCGUCAAGCGGGUCGUAACCCUACCGACAUCAGCAUUAAAGGGAGUCUCUCGGUGAGGAAAAACAAACCUUUUCUUUCUUGAGUUGAUGAGCAAGCAUCUCUGAGAGAUUCGCUCUGUCGGUCUCAGCGGCCCCGAAUGGUCAAAAUCUCGUCCAAUCCCAGAAUGUCGGUGAUCCUCACAUGACGAUAAGAGAGCGGGAAGAAUUGCUUCAUCAGAUCGGCUCGUGGACUGAGGUUGGCAAGUGUGGAUUUCGAGACGCUGAUGGUCAAACCCUCGAGCUUAUCACAUUCUGCAAGCUUUUUGAAAGUUUUUGCCGACUUGGGUCCGCACCAGUGAACCUUGAUGUCACGGACAUUCUGCACAAGCAGUGGGUUGCUGUCGAGGUGAUACAAAAGUUCGCAGCAGCAGCGGAAACGGACAGCCUUCUUCCGAAAGAAGAUGCGAAAGAAUUCGUGGUUGAGUGCUGGACCCAGGAUAGAUGGCAAAGCCUUCAUCUGAGGAGUGUGGAAAGACCCGAAUUCGCGUUCCAGCUGUGGACAGUUGCAACUCACUUUUCGUGAACUGGGUUUGAUACCCUUCGAUUUGAAGACGGUAUCAACCAUCAAGUCAACAAUAUACUCUCGGAUCUCGGCAGGUAGUCUCAUGAAAGGAAAACCCUCGAUGGGCGGUGGUCGGUCUAGGUCAGGGAGUCACCCGCUGCUUCUUGGGAACGGACGGUCAGAUACUAGGGGGAUUGCUUACCGGCAAUUUCGAGGAUCUCGGUGCACAUCUCAAUGAUGUCGACACAGGUCUUGGACUCUUGGGGGUCCUUGUUGAUCAUGCGCGCGCACUUGGCUAUCGUUGCAGCAACUGAUUCUCUACGGCGAGGACUCAGCCGGACCAUACUUCCCAGCUCUCUCGCGUCGAUGACUCCGGCGUGAAAGCUUUCCAAACCCUGAAGGAGGACUUGAAUGUUCUUGGUCAAGCCAUACCGCGUAUGUACGGCCUUGGACUUGAGGGCAUACCAAGACUUGCUCGACAUGGCGACGACAGUAGGGGAACACGAUAUACCCGAAAGUGGCGACGGUGGUGUGUCGAUGCAGGUGUGAGGAAGCAAGUCAGGGAAAGAUGAUGGUGUUGAGAAGAUUAUGAAGCAAGCGAAGAGAAUAUCUUCAAGUGAAGGAGCUCACCAACCCAGGCGCCUUUUUGAUUCAGUAACUCAGGCAAUGCCUAAGGUACCUAAUUCAAUGUUGGGAUGGAAAUGGAUGGGGUCAAUCACAGUGGAGGUCCAUUGUGGUCUUCGCAGCAGGAGCCUGCGCGCAGUGUCAAAAUCCGCCUUCACGCGCGCGCGUGCGUACUUACCUCACAUUAACCUACGAGAUGGUGCCUUGACAACAGGAAAGUUACUGACCCGAGUCAAUGACAGGUACCAACUUUGGUGGAACCUCAAAUGAUUGAGACCAUAUCAAAGGCGAAAGAAGAUGCGGUUAGUAAAAUGGCUGUUCGAGCUUGGUGAGAUGCCAAUAACGCAGCGCAAACAAGCGGCAGUGACAUUAGCGGGUAAGCGCAGAUACAUAAAUGAUGAUAACGACGAUAAUACGGAGCGGAGUUGCAGUCCAUUGGUGCACCGACAGGUAUAUAUCCAUAGGUUUACUCUGUGUCACAUCCGAAUUUCCACUAUCAAGUUAUUUUACAACUCUUCUGUAUCUAGAUGAGUACUAGGCACAUCUAAGCGUUUAAUUAACGUGUAAACGAGUUCUGUUCUUUGUUAUAUGAUUGUUCUGGUUCCUGG